AAUAGGACUUUCUAUUGCACAGAAUUUAGGCCUGGGUCUGUCCCCCAACUCAAUGAGUAGAAACUGAUUUACAUCGCCUCGAGUCCUCAAGAGGCGAGUCCUCGAGUUCUUGUGUUUGGCCUCUGUACGAGUUUUACAUGAUUUGUGGAAGUCAGUCAGCUUUUCAAAUGAAUAAAAUCCAUUACGCAAGUUUCUUGGAUCACCUUGGCUCAAGAAUUAAUUGACCAAAACUUGCGCAUACAGCCAACCUACAACAAAGAAUAAAGAGAGCGAAUAAUGGAGACGGAGUUGUUCAUCAUCCUUGCUUUGGUUCUCUUUGUUUCUCUCUAUCUUUUUCGUUUGUUGAACAGUAAUGUUAAUCCUAGGCGUAUGAGUGGCAGCGGCACCGAACAUGAAGUGGCCGUUGACCUGCCACCAGGAAGCACUGGUUGGCCAAUCAUUGGUGAAACCCUAGAGUAUCUACGCACAGCCAAACAGGGUGUUCCUGAAAAGUUCAUAGUGGACAGGAGGAACAAGUACUCAUCCUGCAAGGUGUUCAAGACCUCACUGCUGCGUGAAUCUAUGGCCGUGAUGUGCACAGCUGCUGGAAACAAAUUCCUAUUUUCUAAUGAGAACAAACUCGUCAAGUCUUGGUGGCCUGCAAAUUUCGAAAAGAUCUUUGCCAACUCUGAGAAAACAGACACCACCCAAGAGUCCAUUCGAUUGCGCAAAGUUUUGUCUCCAUUUCUCAAGCCUGAUGCUCUCCACAGGUGCAUAGGGGUCAUGGAUGAAGUCACCAAACAGCAUUUGGACGUGUAUUGGUCGUUUUCAUUGUUUGAUUAUGAAAAAGAAGACGAUGAAAUCGUGAUCAUAAAAGUUCACCCGCUUGCAAAGAAGUACACCUUCACCUUAGCAUGCAGACUCUUCUUAAACAUUGAUGAUCCAAAAUUAGUUGCCAAACUAGAGGAGCCAAUUCGGCAUAUAUCUUCGGGGUUCAUUUCUUUGCCACUAGAUUUUCCAGGCACAAAAUUCAACCGAGCCAUUAGAGCAUCCAAGCAAAUCAAGAAAGAAAUUGAGAAAAUGAUUAAGCAGAGAAGGAUAGAUCUCCAUCUUCAUCUUUUGGAGACAAGUAGUGAUCACGAGGUUGCUGCAGCAGCUUUCGAUCAUCAAGAUUUGUUGUCUAGGUUGCUGAUGGAGACAUAUAGCGACGGGGAAGAGAUGAAGGAAUCAGACAUUGCCAACAAGUUGUAUGGUCUCAUAGUCGGUGCUUACGACAACAUAAGCACUACUUUGGUCUCCAUAGUCAUGCAUCUGUCGCAGCUUCCUCAUGUUUAUGAUACCGUACUUAAAGAGCAAAUGGAGAUUGCAGAAUCAAAAGCAGAAGGAGAGUUGCUGAACUGGGGUGACUUGAAGAAGAUGAAAUAUUCAUGGCGCGUGGCAUGUGAAGUGUUGAGGUUGUUGCCACCAAUUUUGGGAACCUUUAGAGAGGCCAUUACCGACUUCGCCUACGAAGGAUAUCUAAUUCCAAAAGGAAUGAAGUUACACUGGAAUAUGUAUGCCACACAUAAAAACCCGGAUUACUUCCCGGAUCCUGAGAAGUUCGACCCGUCAAGGUUCCAAGGACAAGGACCAGCUCCUUAUUCAUUUGUUCCUUUUGGAGGAGGACCUCGGAUGUGCCCUGGAAAAGAGUAUGCUCGAUUCAAAAUACUAGUUUUCAUGCAUAACGUGGUCACUAGGUUUAAGUGGGAGAUGGUUUUUCCAGACGAGAAAAUGAUCAUGGACCCUGUUCUUAUUCCUACCAAAGGACUUCCAAUUCGCCUCUUUCCUCAUAAUCAUCAUCAUGAUUGAUCCAUCACAGACCAAAAGAGUACGUGUUAUAUAUAUAUAUAUAUAUAUAUUGUGUGUGUGUUGCCUUCGCUAUUAUUGUAAUUAACUUUGUAUCUAUUAAAGAAUUAAUAACAUGGGGAGGUAAAAGGCUUUGUUUAGAUGAUCAGUACGUACUCGGUUAGUUCAGUCUUCAGUUUAUUGGAGCGGUUGAGCUAGGGCUGUUAGCUCCCCUAGCUACCCUGUUCUAUAUGUGUAAUG